CCACCAUCGUGUCUGCCAUCAUGCACUGGUUUUGAAAGCUGCUACAGAGCAGAUUGUACACACCCAUUUCGAACUUCCGUGACACCGCGCCCCCAAACGAACCCGCCGCCACCAUGUCGAAGCCGAUGACACACCAGUUCAAAGUCCACCAAGCGCAUACAUAUCACCGGUCUUUAGUGAAUCAAGCACGGGAGAGAAUAGCACGGAACCGUUAUUGUAUAUGAGAGCUGAGGCAGGGGGCAAGGGUACUGCGCGUUUUUGCCCGAGUGCAUAUUAGGACACAGUAUACUUCUGAACGGGUGCUUCUCACGAGCUCUUGCUAGCCUAUAACGCAGCAGAGAGUCGUUCAAAAGAUGGCACAUGCGUCCAUAUUCACUUGGGAGCCCGACACUCCGCGUGUGGCAUCUCCGUGGCUCAGCGCUGCAGACGACGGCUCGAGUCCUGUUCCUGAACAUCACACAGAAGCUACUAGGCAACUGAGUGAUGCCGCGAAAGACCUUCGCGAGAGCGCAGAUAGUCCCAGCGGCAAGAAGCUGACUCGUCUGCAAGCUGAACCUCAAGAUGGCCCUGUAGAAUACAAGCUGCAUCUGCUGCUCCGACCUCGCCGCAAAUUCCGAUCUACUAGUACUGGAAUCUACGUCCCGGGCUCCAAGCAUGCAAGGGGUGGAGAGACUUCACUCAAGCCCAAAGCGGUUCCUGAUAAUAUCGUUGACUCCAACCAGAGUUCUAACAAUGCUACGCCGUCGCAGUCGACUCAGCAGCUUAGGCAACACCGACUGCAGCAGCUCACAACUCAGCUCAUGUGGAGGUUGCAACAGUCCUCCCCGCAUCACACUUCUUCUGCCACUAACACCAUCUUGCCCACUCUACCCGAGCCACUACCCGAGUUGCAAGCGCCUCAGCAGAUCGGCAGGCUCCUUCAUGGCUUGGAGGAGAGCCAAGGCGCAUUGUAUGAGAUUGGCGUGUCUGACGAUGGCACCUUGAUAGGGCUGGCCGAAGACGAGCUGCAGGAGAGUCUGAACAACUUGCGCGCCAUGGCUGCAUGCUUGGGCUGUACGGUCGAGGUCUUGCGGAAGGAGACUGUAGGUGAAUGCGAGUGGUUGGAAGAUACCAUCAUUGCGAACCAGGAGCGCAAGACACGACGAUCGGGGAAACUCGUGGUAGCUGAGGCGCUUGUGCGGCCGUUUCUGCACCCAUCUAGUCCCAUGCUGGCAGGACAGACCGAUCCACAUGUUGACCCGUCGCCCACUGUCUUGCCCACCUCGGCCGACAUGAUGCCACCCACGACCGAGCAACUACGAAUCACGCUUACAGGUCCAACCAUGUCUGGAAAGUCUUCUCUGCUGGGGACGCUUACUACCUCUACUCUAGACAAUGGCAGAGGCAAGAGUCGUCUAAGUAUGCUGCGGCAUCGUCAUGAGAUCAGCUCUGGUAUCACGAGCUCUGUCACUCAAGAGCUCAUAGGUUACCAAGAUCGCACCAAUGGAGAUGUCGAGGUCGUGAACUAUGCGACGGAGAACAUCGCCUCUUGGAUUGAUGUGCACGUGGCUUCGGCUAAUAGUAGGCUGGUCCUGAUCUCCGAUUCUGCUGGCCAUCCUCGAUACCGCCGCACCACUCUGAGGGGACUGGUUGGCUGGGCACCUCAUUGGACCCUGCUAUGCAUACCUGCUGAUGAUAAGGAUGAGAUUCCGGCAGCCGGUAACAGCACUCCAGCAUCGCAACAUUUGCUCGUGCCUACGGCUAUGGAACUUGCUUGCGCUCAAUUAGACUUGUGUUUGCGCCUGCGAUUGCCAUUACUGAUUGUCAUUACAAAGCUGGAUACCGCAUCAAAGGCAGGCCUCCGAACAAGCUUGACUAAGAUCCUGGACAUACUGAAAGCUGCAGGCAGGAAGCCCGCUAUCGUGCCCAACAAGGGUGCCAUCAACGAUGAACAGGAUCUGCAAAACGUCGCAAGCUCACUCCUCGAGACUGCAUAUAAUACGGUUCUGCCAUUGCUGAACGAAACACGAGGCACAGUGCCCAUUGUGCUGACAAGCGCUGUCGAUGGCACGGGAAUCGGUAGCUUGCAUGCUUUAUUGCACGAAUUGCCUGUUCCUGAACCGCCUACUGAGGUAGUGGCGACAGAUGUGCCACCUGCAGUCUUCGAUAUUGAAGACAUUUACAGCAAGCCGGCCGAGGUGGCAGGUGUGAUUGUAUCUGGACGCCUCCGUUCAGGUCAGCUCUCUAUUGGCGAGACCGCAAUGAUCGGUCCUUUUUCCAGCCAUGAUGUGCACGAAGACUCCGAGGAUUCUGACGAGCGUCCGUUCCGCAAGUCCUCAUCGAGUCUACCAACAUCGCGCUCAUUCCCAGGAGCCCUUGGAAAAUCUCACUUUGCGCCCCCGCUGUAUCAGCUACCCAACCAGGAAUGGCGCCGAGUGAAAAUCACCAGCAUACGCAACCUCCGACUACCGGUACACUCGCUACAUGCUGACCAGGUGAGCACUAUCGCGAUCAGUCCUGCCGAGAACACUGGCAAGGCCUCUCGGUUAUCGCGCAUUCGCAAAGGAAUGGUUCUGGCAGCUAUACAGCCGCUCGCUUCUCGCACUUUCACUGCGAAAUUCACGAGAAAAGAUUUGGACCAUCUUGCGGUGGGCAAUCAUGUUGUGGUCUACAUCUCAAGUGUACGUGCUUCUGCAAGAAUCGUCUCGGCACGGAUCCCGGACAGUCCGGACGAGCAGCCUGGACAGCACAAUAACGAAGCUGAUGGGUCGCACGACCCGUUCGGAUUUGACGAUUUCGAGGACAGCAUGAGGGCGUCUCCGCAGCCCAAGGUUGCUGAUGAUGCCAUUGUAGCGCCGGAAAUACUGGUCACGAUGAGCUUUGACACGUCGAAAGAGUUCGUCAUGACAGGAGACCGAGUACUGGUCAUGCCUAGUGGCGGCGCGCCUCUGUACUCUAGCAGUGGAAGAGGUGAAAAGGGAGUGGCAGGGCUUGAAGGUUUCGUGGGUGUCAUUACUGAUGUGAGAGGCUAACGGUCACCUAUCAUGUCUGCAAUGAGGCGACUGUUUACUGCAGCGAUGUUGCAUCCAUAUUUCUGUGGAAGAUAGAAUGAUACACGAGUAGUAUAGAUCCAUUUCAUC